UUUUUUUCUCUCAAAAUUUUUCUAAAUUUUAUCAAAAAAUAAUUUUUUUAAAGUAAAUUCACUCUCAACAACAACAAUUCAACCCGAAAUAAAAAAUAAUAAAAAAUCUACAAAUAUUCAAGAAUUAAAAGAAUCUUCCCCCCACAAACACAGCGGACAAGUUUCAACUACAGAAAAAAUAACCACGAUAGAGCCUUCAAUGGAUAUUUGCAAAGGGGAAUGGAAAUGGCCUAAAGGAUGUGGAGUUGGAGAUAAAAAAUGCCAUUAUAGUAUAGAAUGGUUUUUAGACCAAAAUAGUGAUUCCCUCCACUUUCAAUUAGAAACAAUUCCAGCAGUUUACAGAAAAAUACAAAAAGAAGAGCAACAACCUAUAUGGUCUGGAAUAGGAUUUUCCCCUUCUGGAACAUUAUUAGAUGCUGAUAUGAUCGUUAUUGGGACUUUGGAAAGAAAUUCAGAAGAAAUUGGGAAAUUGGAAGUUGUAGACAUGCAUGUGGAUGAAAAAUUGGAGCAAUUCCGCCCGGAUACACAACAAGAUAUUCAGUUACACGAAGGAAUAUUUAAUUACACAGAUGGAGUAUUCAAAGCAAAAUUUUCUAGAAAACGCAGGACGGGUGAUUCUGCUGGGGAAGAUUUAGAUUUUGGUGAAGAAGAUGGAAAUUGUGUUAGAUUUUUAUUUCCAAUAUCUGGUGGACGUUUUGAAAAGAGCGGAAAUAUUUCUGUUCCGGUAGCUGAUUCUUUGUAUGCUUCUGAUGCUGAAAUUUGUAUUAGAACAUGCAGGGGUAAUUAA